AUGGCCAGCAUUGCUAAGGAUGAUGACCUCAUCCGUAGCUUUGAGCAAAUUGUCCGAAGUGAUGGUGCUAUAGUCGGUGGGAAAAAUUCGUCCCUUGGAGAGAUGAUCAGUGUUCUUGGGAAGAAGGGGGUACCUGUACCCCCUGGUUUUGCAACUACUGCCCUUGCAUACUGGGAUUACGUCGACAGUAACGAUAUUCGGCGAAAGAUAGCCUUUUUUAUUGAGGAAUGGGCAUCUGGAAAGGCCAGUCUUUCCGAGACUGGUCAAGCAAUACGUCGUCUGUUCACUCAUGGCACAUGGCCAGCGAAAACAGCGACUGCUAUCAAAUUUGCGUAUCGCACACUUUCAGCUAAGGCCCAAAUCGAGAAUAUGAGUGUUGCCGUACGCUCCAGCGCGACUGCUGAGGAUUUGCCUGAUGCAAGUUUCGCUGGACAACUGGACUCCUAUCUGAAUAUAUGUGGCGAAGAUGCACUUCUGGCUGCUUGUCGGCAUUGCUAUGCUUCACUUUUCACCGACCGAGCCAUCAGCUAUCGUCAAACCAAAGGAUUUGAUCACAUGAGCGUCGCACUUUCAAUUGGCGUACAGCGAAUGGUUCGCUCCGAUAUCAGCGGAUCCGGUGUUAUGUUUUCAAUCGACACCGAAACUGGCUUCGACAAGGUUGUGCUCAUCAACGCUGCAUGGGGGCUUGGCGAGAACAUUGUGCAAGGAACCGUCAAUCCAGAUGAGUAUCAAAUCUAUAAGCCUCUUUUAAAUGAUCAGAAUUUAGUUCCAAUUAUAGACAAAAAAUGUGGGGAGAAGGCGUUGAAGAUGGUCUAUGGUGAUAAGUACAUGCCAACCCGCAACGUUCCGACCUCUAAAGCGGAGCAAGUAACGUUUGUGCUCGAAGAUGAAGAAAUACUUCAACUUGGACGCUGGGCAUGCACGAUUGAAGAUCAUUACAAGUGUCCAAUGGAUAUGGAGUGGGCCAAGGAUGGUAUCUCAGGGGAGCUGUUCAUUGUCCAGGCUCGGCCAGAAACCGUGCAGUCCCACCGUGAUGAUGCCGCCUUCAAAACCUACAAGGUCGGCAAAAAAGGCCGUACCUUAGUCACUGGUCUUUCUGUUGGCGAUUCCGCGAUUUCAGGACGCAUCUGCCUUAUUCACUCUGCCCAAGAUAUCGACAGAUUUGUCGAUGGGUCCAUUCUAGUCACACAGGCUACCGACCCAGAUUGGGUGCCAAUCAUGAAGCGAGCAGCAGCCAUGAUUACCGAUCAUGGUGGGCGAACUUCCCAUGCGGCUAUCGUUAGCCGUGAGCUAGGCUUGCCAGCAAUUGUUGGAACGGGUGACGCCACCUACGUGCUGCACACUGGACAAGAUGUCACCGCCUCCUGUGCAGAGGGAAACACCGGUUUUGUUUAUGAAGGUAUAUGCGAUAUCACCACGCAGACGGUGGAUCUGACCGAACUCCCGGUCCUGCGAACAAAGAUCAUGCUCAAUUUGGCCAACCCAGCGGCAGCAUACCGCUGGUGGCGACUUCCUGCCGAUGGAAUCGGCCUUGCACGUAUGGAGUUUGUCGUCGCAAAUGCGAUCCAGAUCCAUCCGAUGGCCCUCAUCCACAUAGAUAGUGUGCAGGAUCUGAUAGCGAAGGAAAAGAUUUGUCGACUAACAGCGGCCUACAAAAACAAACCAGAUUAUUUCGUUGACAAACUCUCACACGGCUUGGCAGCUCUAUGUGCUGCCGUCUAUCCUAAGCCUGCUAUCGUCCGUAUGAGUGACUUCAAAACAAACGAAUACGCUAGCCUUAUCGGUGGUGCGCAAUUUGAACCCCGUGAAGAAAACCCAAUGAUCGGUUUCCGUGGUGCCUCACGCUACUACUCGCCGCGCUACAAGGAAGGCUUUGCGCUUGAGUGCCGUGGGAUAAAACGACUCCGUGAUGAUAUGGGUUUCACUAACGCCAUAGUGAUGAUUCCAUUUUGCAGAACGGUGGGGGAAGCAAAGUGUGUACUUGAAUGCAUGGCUCUGAAUGGGCUCAGACGCGGACAGAACGGGCUUCAGGUUUAUAUGAUGUGCGAGAUACCAUCCAAUGUUAUUUUGGCCGCUGAAUUUAUGGAGCAUUUUGAUGGCUUCUCCAUCGGCUCAAAUGAUCUGACCCAGUUGACUCUCGGCAUCGAUCGCGACUCCGGUGAAUUGGCCGACUUAUUUGACGAGCAGGACAAAGCGGUUAAAUGGAUGAUUUCUCAGGUCAUCUCAGUUGCCCGCAAGAGGGGCUGCAAAAUUGGCAUUUGUGGCCAAGCGCCGAGUGAUCAUCCAGAGUUUGCAGAAUUUUUGAUUGAGUCUGGGAUCGACUCAAUCUCGGUUAGCCCUGACAGUUUUGUGGCGGUGAAGCAGCACGCUGUUUCCAGCGAACGGGCACUGUUCUAUCCUUAA